AUGAACACCCUCGUAGCUUUGGCUUGUCUCCUGGCCGUCGCCCAUGGCAGCGCCAUUGGCGGAUAUGGUCUUGGAUAUGGAUAUGGCGCUCCAAUCAUCGCUCCUGCAGCGAUAUCCACCGCAAACGUCGUGAAGGCUGCUCCCAUCCCCGUCAUCAGGACCGCCGCCGUCGCUCCCAUCGUCACCGCUCCCGUCCUCCGCACCGUCAGCGUUGCAGCUCCCGUCAACUACGGUUACGGAGGCUGGGGAGGUUGGGGCGGCUACGGACUCGGAGGCUGGGGCGGUUACGGACUCGGAGGCUGGGGCGGCUACGGACUCGGAGGCUGGGGCGGUCACGGCGGAUGGGGCGGCCACGGUGGAUGGGGUGGUUGGGGCGCCGGUUACGGCAAACACUACGGCUAA